CUCAACUCUCUUAUCCACUCCCAGAGCCAAAGGCAGAGCGCGAGGAACAAGCGAGCGAAGGAUAGUGAGGGCUCCGCCGCCAUGGCUUGCUCCGUUCCAUCCAUCGUCUCCUCGAACCCUAGGGUUUUUCCUUCCAAGACCUUGACUCCCACAGCGUCUUUGCCUCCCGCGCCGGGGCUUCUCCCCAAAACCCUACCCGUCCCGAAGAACUUCCACGGCCUCCGGAAGAGCUUCCACCCUCGCUCCGCUCCGAUGGUCUCCUCUCCUAGAUCCUCCCGAAGAAGCUUCGUCGUGAAUGCCGUCAGCGGGAGUGAGCUGCCGCUGGUUGGAAAUCCAGCACCAGAUUUUGAGGCUGAAGCAGUCUUUGAUCAGGAGUUCAUCAAGGUGAAACUCUCUGAUUAUAUUGGGAAGAAGUAUGUGAUUUUGUUUUUCUACCCGCUGGAUUUUACAUUUGUUUGCCCAACUGAGAUAACUGCUUUCAGUGAUCGGUACUCAGAAUUUGAGAAGCUGAAUACAGAAAUUUUGGGUGUUUCAAUUGACAGUGUGUUCUCCCAUCUUGCAUGGGUUCAAACAGACAGGAAGUCAGGGGGACUUGGUGAUCUGAAGUAUCCGUUGAUUUCUGAUGUUACUAAGUCAAUUUCAAAAUCUUAUGGAGUUUUGAUUCAUGAUCAGGGAAUUGCAUUACGAGGACUGUUCAUCAUUGACAAGGAAGGAGUGAUUCAGCAUUCUACUAUUAACAAUCUUGCCAUUGGACGGAGUGUUGAUGAAACCAUGAGGACCCUUCAGGCAUUGCAAUAUGUCCAAGAGAACCCAGAUGAGGUCUGCCCUGCAGGAUGGAAGCCUGGGGAGAAGUCUAUGAAGCCAGACCCUAAACUCAGCAAGGAAUACUUUGCAGCUAUAUAGGAGCUGUUCCAUUUUGGCUACUGCUAGAGUGGUGUGCCAUCUGGAAGAGGUAAAAACUAGUUCGAUUACCCUGCAAUGUGCUUAGUUUCUCUGUUUCGAGCAGAGAUGUAUCUACUUCAUGAAUUUUUCAUUGGCCCAUGUUUUGGAAUAAACGUGAGGGACUUUUACCCCUCCUGAUUCUACUUCAUGUGUAAGAUUUCUGUUUGUGUUUGCUCAAAAAGAAGAAAAAAGAUUUCUGUUUGUGGGUUCA